AUGGGCUCCCGAUCCGAAGAUGCGUCCCAAGCAUCCACCGACUCCGUCGACUCACCAACGUUACACGGAAAUUCGAAACAGAGAGGUGCAAAUGAUGAACCCGUCGACGUGUUUUCUUCCUCUGAGGAUACCACAACAUCUGAAGAUGGAGGUACCUUUCGGGAAAAUCUGCAAAUUGACAUGAAAGGAUUGGUUGGAGAUGCUGUUGGGAACAUGAGUAUUAGUCCAGCUUCACGCGAUGUAGUGCUUGCAGCACGACGUGGGCUAUUUAUCAUCGACCUGAAGGCGCCGUUUGAAGUUCCUCGAUUUCUGCCUCAGGGGGGUACAUGGGAUGUCGCCGACGUCCAGUGGAAUCCUCAUCACAGUCGAGCACAAUACAUUGUUUCCACUUCUAGCGAGAAACUUUUGAUUUGGAACUUGCUAAUGUCGGGAAAGACGUCGAUUGAACAUAUCCUACAUUCGCAUUACCGUGCAAUCACAGAUAUCAACUGGCACACUACUGAAUGUGAUACCGUCGUUAGCACUGGCAUUGAUUCAUGGAUAUGGGGCUGGGAUCUGAGAGCACCUCGUAAAUCUAUCUUUGGCCUUUGUGCAUUCAACGCACCGGGAACACAGGUCAAAUGGAAUAAACAUGAUGCCAAUAUCCUGGCAUCUUCCCAUGCAAACGAGGUGCUCAUUUGGGACCGUCGGAAAGGAUCCUUACCGGUCACGGUUAUUCGAGGGCAUAAGUCUCGUAUAUACGGGAUUGAUUGGUGUCAUUACACGAGGAAUGAAAUCGUGACAUGCUCCCUUGACAAGACAAUCAAACUCUGGAAUAUCGAUGAAUACGCGUCUGAAUCAACAGGUUCGCGGUAUUUUCCUGGUGUCUCAAAUACACACAAACUUGCGUCAAGUCCCAAACAUGAAAUUCAGACGACCUAUCCCGUUUGGAGGGCAAGAAACGUCCCUUUUGGGAAAGGGAUUCUUAGUCUUCCCCAACGUGGGGAAACUGCGCUCGAACUAUACUCUGUCAAAGAUGAACUCGGACUGGGUCCUGUUCUCACAUUCGAGGGCCACGACGAUGUUGUUAAAGAGUUUGUAUGGCGGAAGGGCGGGCAAAAUGAAAAUCAGUUUCAAUUGAUAACAUGGUCGAAAGAUCGGACUUUGCGGUUUUGGCCGAUAAACCCUGAGGCUAUGCAGAACGUUGCCUGUGGCUCUUCCCCGCUCCAAAGCGCCCAACGCCCGUUAGAAAGUAGUGUCACGGAUGAACAGGCUACUAUGUCCUUCCGGAAACCUCCUGAACGUUCGGGGUCGAUACCCCUGCUUUCGGCACCGAUAGGAAAACGAGCGAUUCUUGCCGAAGUGCGCGCCGGAAUGCCUCCACGACAUAGAACUUCUCUUCCCGCUCAGCCCAACAUUGAUGACCGGGAGUACUUUGGAAACAGGCCUGGUCCUCCUGUUGAGCGUCAUGGUGCAGGAAUUUCAAGUUCUGUUGAUACGAUCCACCCACAUGAAGCAACGAGCUUUAUCAAGGCUUCGUCAAUCAAUUUGGCUUCCGCCGCUGGGAGGGGGACAAUGAGUCGAGGUGCUGCCGGUGGAAACAAGAAACGAGCAAACGUAGAUCCCUUAUCAUGGUUAUCUAGUGUCAAAGUAGGCGAUGGUAGGAGGGAUAGCAGCUCAGGUCCAGGUAGUCGUGGGGAUAGCAAUGAAGCACUCCGAUUACGAUCUAGAUCAAGGGGCCCAGGACAGGAUGUCAAUCCACCUAGUUCAGCAGGAACCAAGAGAAAAAGGAGUGAAAGUAGGAACCGCUCCGCCAUUGAAGAGAAGGAUCCUGGUCAAUCCCUGCAAGAUGAAAUCACUUCUGUACUGACAAAGUUAGCAUCCUCCAAGAUCAAACUGGAAAAGCACGAUUUGACAAAGAAACGCACAUGUACCCUCGGAUUACAAGUACCAUGGGGGGUAUCUUCCUCCGUAUUCAUACGCGUAACUUUCACUUUUCCUCGUGACUAUCCGCAAGCUGCACAUCCGGAUGGAACCCCCACAAUUGAACUCGACCGGACGCCUCUAAUAUCGAUUCGGGAUAGAGCUUUCAUUCUCCGUCGUUUACGCACCAUCAGGGAGAGGCGACGUCCUUGCUUAGAAGCAUGCUUGCGAUUGUUAUUGUUCAAGAAUGAAGACGAGCAAGCUGAGAUCCCCCUGCAGCUAGACUCUGAGUCGUCUUCCGAUGAGCAGGCCAGUGGAGCACCGCUAGACAGAAGAGUAACCUCGACGCUCUUGCGCAACAGCAAAAAUCUAGCAGAACCGAGGACCUCACAGGGAAGCUUCGGCCCGAACGGCGAGUUGGUCUGCUUCUUCGCAGCCCCACCCCGUAUCAUCCGUAGCGCCGGUCACGGGUCGACAAUAUCCCCGUCCAAGUCUUCGGAGAACCUUCCUGAUGAAAAGACAGAGGAGGCCGGGCCUAGAAUGUUCCAGUCGCCAUCUUUGGUAUCAGAGGCCAUUCGUAGGCUUUCCUCAGCUGCCAGUGACCGCAUGAUCAAAACAGAAUCUCGACGUUCGUAUUCCAGCGAACAUGUAACUCGGAUGAUGACCACGCUCUUUACAAUCCCGCGGCACACAAACAAUGUCAAGGAGUCUUCUCAAUAUUCGCCUAAUCCGAACAGCUAUGUUAUGCCAUCACGACGCAGCACGGUGAUGAUCUCCAACACAGUGUCUAUCGCAGGAAGCGACAAGACUGUAGCUGAAGAUUAUAUAUUCCAUGCUCCGGAAAUCCCGGCCAUGUGUGAUCAGAAUGCAGGCUUUGCAGAGUGCCAUGGUCGUUAUGAUCAUGAAAGAAUAUUCAGGAUGCUCGGAGCUCUUCUAAAAACCUGGGUUCAUUCGGAGGGUGUGCGUUAUAACAAGCAAUCAAUAUUUCUCAUCAGGCAGAUCGUGAAUCGGCUACUCAGCGACCUUCGCUGUCAGAAAGAUAUUCAAAUGCUAGCAAUGGUGGCGGUAGUUUUACUCAAGGCGUUCCCUUUGCGAUCUCGUCCCCCGAAAAAUCUACAAACACCCAAAUCAACUCUCAGUUCUGCUCCUUAUACAGGAAUAAUGUUCAUGACCAGGUUUGGUGACUAUUUCAGCAUUCCUCGAAGAAUGUCGGCAGUGCAACGUAUCAGUCCCAAUUCAUCAAUAGGAAGCUUACGAGGGCCUGCUACACCGACUCAAGCAUCUUCCUUGAACGGUUCGCGCCCUCCUUGGUCCGGGUUACUGAAUGCAGGAGGCGUCCGGCUUGUCGCCAACGUGCAGGACUCUCCCAAGGCCCCGUUGAGUCCCUCUGGAACCAUGCCAUCAACCACUCCCCCUCGUACACCGUUUCCAAUUCGUGGGGCUUUUCAUGAACCCGAUUCGCCUAUCCCACGACACGGAGGACUACGUAAAGAUUCCACCUUGGCAUCGAUUUCGAAAUCAUGGACGGACACAUUUUCGUCCGGCAGAGCUUCUGUGUCUUUCUCGCCGGAGUAUCGAUUACCGGUUCGUGCAACUGAACGGGCGAAAAAGGAGAACCGAAAACAGGGCACUAUCGUAUUUCAUGAACAACUCACAGAAGAAAGCGAAACAGAGCACAUUUUUGGUAGAGUGGAAGUAGAUCUCUUGCUCCGCCACGUAGAGGUCUACGCGGAUGUCCUCUUGAGAUGGCAACUUCCACACAAGAGACUGGAGCUGCUGAAGGCCGUCAGCGACUCUGCACUCCGCGACAGUAGCGAACACUCUAUCGGACUGGAUCGGACGUGCCCUGUCUGUGCUACACAUUCCGUACCCAAGGCAACUCUGUGUCCCUUCUGCGGAAAUAGCUUUGGUGUGUCAGUUUGUUCAAUAUGUAGAUUAUCUGUCAAAGGUCUCUCGAUCAAUUGCAUGCGGUGUCUACACACCUCUCAUAUAGCUUGCUGGAAGAAACUUCGUACCUCAAUUUGCCCGUCAGGAUGCGGAUGUCGCUGUGCUUGA